GCCCCUGACGGGGCUUAGUCCCUCCCCCUGACAAAUGUAGAAUGAAAUAUCCCAAAAGUGGGCGGAGCCAAGAUACACGUGGGGGCGUGGCCAAUGCUUAGGAUGAGGAGAGGGUGGGACUCAUUUCCCCAAACGUUUCCUCUUUCUGCAGACGCCGAGUCUCGGAGCGAACGGUUCUGCCUCAGCCGGCCCUGCUGCUCAGUUUGGGUUUUAGUUCCUGUUUGGGCUAAGAAGAGUUUUUGAAUGGAAUUAUUAAUGCUAGGUGUGCUAACAUGCUACCAGUGGCUCCUCUCCCACCCGGUGUGACGUCUCCUCUGGUUAUUCUGAUUUAUCAUCAGGGUCAGUUUAGCUGAAUCAGCUCCUCAGAGGUCAGCCUGGCUUCUCAGCUUCCUGUGUCAUUCUUUGUCUCCGUUUCCAGUGAACUGUUUGUGAGUCCAGCUGCAGCAGGUGAACCGGACCGGGUCAGGAGUUCAGCUGGUCCGCUCUGUUUACCUUCUUCCUGUCCAGGAGGGCGGCGCCCUGAAGCCCCGCCCCCUGCAGUCUGUCUGCAGAGCGUCAGGCUCUGCUGCUGACGAGGAAACUCGCUCUGCUAUAAAUACCUGAACCGCAGCUGCAGCAGACAGUUCUGUUCUGGGUCCGGUCCUGCGAAGUUCUGGUUCUGGUUCUGGUCCAAUAUGGGAGACUUCUGGGCAGACGUGGCCUCUCAGCGCGUGGCCAGAGGACUCUCGGGAAACGAUGAGGAGGCUGUUCUGGACCAGGGCAAGACCAGCACCACCCUGCACACAAACUUUGAGAAAGAGGAACUGGAGAGCCACAGAGCCGUGUACGUCGGCGUUCACGUCCCACUGGGCCGGCAGAGCCGCAGGCGGCACCGGCACCGCGGACACCGCCAUCACCGCAGGCGGCGGGACCGGGAUGACCACGAGGACGGCCGGGAGUCUCCGUCGUACGACACGCCGUCCCAGAGGGUCCAGUUCCUCCUCGGCACCGAAGACGAUGAUGAGGAACACAUCCCCCACGACCUGUUCACCGAACUGGAUGAGCUCGCCUUCAGGGACGGAGAGGUCCAGGUGUGGAAGGAGACGGCCAGGUGGCUGAAGUUCGAGGAAGACGUGGAGGACGGCGGCGAGCGCUGGAGCAAGCCGUACGUCGCCACGCUGUCGCUGCACAGCCUGUUUGAGCUUCGCUCCUGCAUAAUGAACGGCACCGUGCUGCUGGACAUGAGGGCCGGCUGCAUCGACGAGAUCGCAGACAUGGUGAUCGACAGCAUGCUGGCGACCGGCCAGCUGGAGGCGGAGCAGCAGGACAAGGUGAGGGAGGCUCUGCUGAAACGCCACCAUCACCAGAACGAGAAGAAGCUGAGCAACCGCAUCCCGCUGGUCCGCUCCUUCGCAGACAUAGGCAAGAAGCAUUCGGACUCGACGCUGCUGGAGCGCAACGGGGAGGGGGUGUCCUCCUCUCGCCUCUCCCUCCUCCGCCGCUCCUCCCCCCUCCCCACAGGCGCCCUUCCUGUUUGGUCGCCUCCUCUCUGGCCCCGCCUCCUUGCCUCCCAACACGUCCGCACUGUGCCUCCAGGAGCGCCACCUGUCGGAGCCCUGCCCUCCCGGACUGGCCCCGCCCCUUCUGGACCCCACCCCCUCAGGAGGAGCGCCGCACCGCCACUCGGCGUCAGAGACGCUGGCAGGCGGAUCCAGGUGGUGGUUUUCCCUCCGGAGGAGGAGCAGCACCUUCACAUGAAUGAUGGCGCUCCUGAGAGCCAAACAGGCAAUAAGAGGCAUGAAGCUGCUGCUCCUAACACCAGGCCUGGGGUCAGAGGUCAUCUGGGGACCAAUGAACCUCCUUCACUGGUUGGGAUCAGCUGAGGCCUGGACUAUAAAUCAAUAACUGACACAUGAUCAGCAUGAACCGAUAAUACAUCUGAUAGAACAUUUAUACAAUAUUCACUGAACUCCAGAACCGCACGGGAUUCUGGGAGAUGUAGGCAGGGCUCUUCUACUGUCAGACAAAUUACACCUCAGAGCUGCAGCUGUCACAGAACCUGGUCCAUUAAUGAGUCGUUCAGUACCGACCAGAACCGGUCAGUUAACCAGUUGGAGCGCUGACUCGUCAUCACUGAGGUCGCUCUGAAACAAACAGGAAGUAGUCAGAGCGUGACGGCCAGCAGAGUCAGCGGCUUCCUGGACCGGUUCCCCUCACUCAGCACAAAC